AUGGCGAGGGAGAAGUCCGCGUGCCUAAGCCGCAUGCCGAAUGAAGUCCGAUUGCUGCAGCAGGCAGAUGCAAUCACGGAUUACCCAACACAGCUGUUGCGGGCAGUGGAAGAUGAACUCGGGGAGUACCACCGCCAGCUACAGGCUUGUAAUGCCUUCGUGAGCAGACUGGGUCCGGAUACUCCACGAGAUGAGAUAGAGGCGCAUGAGAACAGGCGGCAGUUAUUGGAGCUGGACGUGCUGCACGCGUUGCGUGUACUGAAGGCGUUUCAGCAGACACGACAGCACUUGCUGGACAAAAUGUGUGUGCGGGCUUUGGGGCAAUUCGAGGCUUUCAAUGAACAAACUCUCUCAAAACUUUCAGACAACGAGAAGCAAUAUUUAAAAGAUGCAUGCACAGCUGAGCACUCGCGAAGAGAUGAAUUCAAUGCCCGGAACGUUGAGGACAAAAAUGGGAAACCUUCGGCUUUCGCGGACGUCGUCUUUGAGAAGGAAUGCCUAUUGGAGGAGCCGUGGCACUUUAGUGCUUCUCUUUUUUCAGAGGACGGCGAUUCAUCCGAGUCUCGCCCCUUGAAGUAUUUUGAAAAGGGGACUGUCUCCCGUCUACCGCUGUACAGAGCAAUGCAACUGCGAGCCAAGGGAAUUGUUAAGGUGAUGCAGGUAUCUGACCAUCAGUGGGCACAACUAGACGCCGCGGCUUUCUUAGGCCUUGUCUAG